AUGUUGUCCACUAUCUCUCAAGUACCAAUCGCACUCGUCUUCAUUGGUCUCGUUCUUCAAACAUCAUCUAUAAAAGUCAGCGCACUUCCAAUGGUGAAAUCGAAUUCAGAUGUCGAGCGGAGUGUGAUGUUUCACAAGCGCACGGGAAUGGACGAAAAACCAGCAGCGAUAGAGAUGUAUGAUGACCGAAGGAUGAUGCCAAUGGUAGAUGAGAAAUUAAACACAGAGCCUACAGGAAAUUCGCCAUUAUCGACAAUGAAGAUGGAAGUUGUUAAAAAUGGAACUGGACCGAUUGAACCCUUGAGCAACAUCACUAACUCGGAGAAUGCUAUAUCUCAGGAAAAGGCUUAUCGUAGUCAAAUUGCGACUCUUGAUGGAAGCUCAAGUUUGCCUUCUAAUCAAUCCAUCCCAUCUUCUGAUGGAAACCAUCGACUGGUCAAGAGAAGACGACAUGGUCUAUGUAUCGGAAGAGCAUGUGGUUUGAAGAAAGUAACAUUUCAUUAA